AUGUCAGCGACGAAGAAAGCAUUGCCGCGUCGCGGUGUAUCUUCGGUUCAAUUUUUCAAACAAAAACCGCAAUUCAGCCAGCGACGAGCAUUCUCAAAGUCUUCUACAUUUCGAACCGCCGCAAAGGAUGGCGAGGUUGAAUCAGCCCGGAAAUACUGUACGGACCUAGUCCGGAAAUAUGAUCGCCCUUCCUUCGUCCUCAGCACUUUCAUCCCUCCGCAGUCGCAGAGCUUCUACCUCGCCCUACAGGCGCUCAACAUUUCGCUAUCCUUGAUCCCCGACACAACCUCCUCACACACAAUCGGCCUAAUGCGUCUCCAAUUCUGGCGCGACACGAUAUCCCGCACAUUAUCCGGCACACCACCAAAAGAACCCGUUGCUGUGUUCCUCAGCGCCGCAAUCGAAGACCUACGAGCGCGGAGCCCAGCCGCGCGCCUUAGCAAGGGCUGGUUCUUGCGCAUGAUCAAUGCGCGCGAGCGGUCGUUGACUAAUACACCUUAUGCGAAUAUCACCGAGCUGGAAUCCUACGCCGAAAACACGUAUUCCACGUUACUAUACCUGACGCUGUCGUCGCUACCGCUAACUUCGCUCACGGUGGACCACAUUGCGUCGCAUAUAGGCAAGGCUGCUGGCAUAGCUGCUGUGCUGCGAGGACUGCCGCUCGUGGCUUUUCCACCGCCACCGAAUCAUCACUCUAAUCAGACAGCUGCUCUGGGUGGACAGAAUACAGCAGGGCAACAGGGAUCUAUUACAUUGCCACUGGACGUCAUGGCGCAAGCAGGGGUCAAAGAAGAAGAUAUCUUCCGCCAGGGCGCAGCAGCGCCCGGUCUGAGAGAUGCGGUUUUUACGGUUGCCACUCGUGCGAAUGACCAUUUAAUUACUGCUCGCCAGAUGCUCAAGAACCUGCGUGAGGGUCAAGACGUCGGGCAUGACUUUGAGCAUGAGGGCGAAGAGGGCCAUGAGUAUGCAGCAAACCAACAACAUACUUCCGACCGAUCACAGUAUGAAACCCAGUUGAAAGAGGUGGAGCGUGGGUUUGGGGUUUUGAUGCCUGCCAUACCAACAGGGAUGUGGCUUGACAGGCUGGAAAAGGUUGAUUUUGAUAUAUUCAACACGGAUCUUCUACGAUCCGACUGGAGGCUGCCUUGGAAAGCCUAUUUUGCACAUCGGAGCCAGUCAUUUUGA